CCGAGCUCGCAGUUGCUGCGGUGGCUACGGGCAGGCUGGGCGCAGAGUAAGUGCUCCGGGGCUGGCCCGGGGCGCGUGGCCCUUUUUCGAGCCCUCCCAGCCCGAGCCGAGCCUGCUGGAGACCCCCCGCGGGAUCCCAAGGGUCCCCGGUUGCCCGCGGUUCUGGCGUUUCCCAGCUCAGGGCAACGCGGGCGGGCAGUGCUAACCCAGGGCCCCCCUGUAGAGGGGAAGGACAGGAAACAACGCGUGCACCUCACUUUGAAAACGAGGGUGUGGACGAAAGCUACCCUUUUGUAUGGAGUGAUUCCCUGGGCCAGGUGCCUUCACUUCCUCACAGGCCAUGAAGCAGCAGCAACAGAUCCUGAGAAGACAGGAAAAUGGCCACGUGGAAUGAAAAGGCAGUCACCCGCAGGGCCAGGGUGGCUCCCGCCGAGAGGAUGAGCAAAUUCUUGAAACACUUCACCGUCGUCGGGGACGACUACCACGCCUGGAACAUCAACUACAAGAAGUGGGAGAAUGAGGAGGAGGAGGAGGAGGAAGAGCAGCCGCCGCCCACUGCCGCCUCAGCCUCGGCCGAGGAGGGCAGAGCCACUGACCCCACCCCGGCCCCGGCCCCUGUGCCCAGGCCCCGCCUAGACUUCAGGACCACUUUGAGGAAGCUCUUCAGCGCCCACAGGUUUCAGGUUAUCAUCAUCUGCCUGGUCGUCCUGGACGCCCUCCUGGUGCUUGCCGAGCUUGUUCUGGACCUGAGGAUCAUCCAGCCCGACAAGAAUAACUAUGCCCCCAGGGUGUUCCACUAUAUGAGCCUUGCUAUACUGACCUUUUUCAUGACGGAGAUUUUCUUUAAAAUAUUGGUCUUCCGCUUGGAGUUCUUUCACCACAAGUUUGAGAUCCUGGACGCCAUCGUGGUGGUCAUUUCCUUCAUCCUCGACAUCGUCCUCCUGUUCCGGGAGCAUGAAUUCGAGGCUCUGGGACUGCUGAUCCUGCUCCGGCUGUGGCGGGUAGCCCGGAUCAUCAAUGGGAUAAUUAUCUCGGUUAAGACACGUUCAGAACGGCAACUGUUAAGGUUAAAACAGAUAAACAUACAACUGGCCACCAAGAUACAGCACCUUGAAUUCAGCUGCUCUGAGAAGGAACAAGAAAUUGAGAGACUUAACAAGCUAUUGAGACAGCAUGGACUUCUCGGGGAGGUGAAUUAGACGCACACCUUCUCCAGCUCAAAGGGAAGACCUGCCUCAUGGGCUUGUGACAAGGAAGACAGCCGCCCCUCUGGGGCCAUGUUGGGGAGAGCUCUGGUUUGAUGGCUUUGCCUCACUGCUGCCGGCUCGGAUCCUGGGGGACACAGCCUUUUACAGGCUCUAUUUCUUCCUUGGUGUGACUGAGAAUGUCCCACCCCACACUGUGUAACAAAUGUAUCAUAAACUAUAUUUUUUCUCAUGUUGGAACACUU